AGCAUUUAGCAGGCAUUUUUAUCGGCUGAGACGAGAAUAAACUGCAGAAUGAAUAGAAGAUGUAAAUUACUUGUUCAAAUUUCGUCCAAUUGGAUGAAAAAAAGGACUAUUUCACAAACAGCUGAACCCAGCCCACAAGCUUUUCAGUCGAAACUAUUUUCAAAUAUCGAUCAAACUCAAUUUCCCUGCAUUGCACAAUUAAAUACAAAUAUCGAUGUAGAGCCUGCUUAUCAAAGUGUCGUAACCGGUUAUAAGACGUUUAAGUACUCAAAACCUUUUUAUGUUCGUGAAAAUGAUGGAGUUCUCCCAGAGGUUACAGUAGCUUAUGAGACAUACGGUGAAUUGAAUGAACAGAAGAAUAAUGCUGUCCUAUUGCAAGGUGGCUUAAGUGCCAGUUCGCAUGCCAGAAGUCACCCGGAUAACGAAGAGCCGGGUUGGUGGGAGAAGUUCAUUGGUCCAGGACGCGCGUUGGAUACUGAUAAAUAUUUUAUUAUUUGUACCAAUAAUAUAGGAUCUUGCUAUGGAUCGACAGGUCCGUCAUCAAUCAACCCUAUAACGAAUGAUCAUUAUGCAACGUCCUUUCCGAUUAUCACCAUUCAGGAUAUGGUGAACGCUCAGUUUUUACUACUUGAUCAUUUGGGAAUAGAAAAGUUGCACGCUGCUGUUGGAUCUUCGUUGGGAGGCAUGCUGUCGUUAGCCUCAGCCGCUUUCCAUCCAGAACGCGUUGGUAGAUUGGUUUCGAUAUCUUCGUGUAUGAGAUCUCAUCCUUCAUCGAUCGCUAUGAGAUACUUGCAACGGAAGGCCAUUGUUACGGACCCUAAUUGGCAACAGGGACGUUAUUAUAACACAGACAAAUAUCCUAAGCUUGGAACGAAAUUAGCUAGAGAAAUAGCAACAUUAACCUAUAGAAGUGGACCAGAGUGGGAUCAAAGGUUUAACCGUAGAAAAAUAGACGAGAACGCUAAACCAUCUCUGUGUCCGUACUUUCAAAUUGAAAGUUAUUUGGAUCAUCAAGGGGAAUUAUUUUCAACGAAAUUAGACCCAAAUUCGUUGUUAUACAUAUCCAGAGCAAUGGAUUUGUUUGAUCUGUCCGAACCGUUCGGAACUAUGAAAAAAGCGUUGGCUAGAAUUCAAAUACCAGUUAUGGUUAUUGGUGUUCAAACUGACAUUCUUUUUCCAUGUUGGCAGCAAAAAGAGCUGGCAGAUUGUCUACAAGACGCCGGAAACCAAGGAGUCUCUUACUACGAGCUAAAUUCAUUAUAUGGCCAUGACACUUUCCUGUUAGAUUUAAAUGGUGUUGGUGCUGGUGUAAAGGGCUUCAUAGAAACUGAUAAUUCAGAAAAAGGUCGAGUCGUUAAAGGGAGAAAUGAUCAUAAUCGUGAUAGGAUGUCUUUCUAA